AGGCCGCGGAGCCGCCAUCUUUCUUAGGGGCAGUGGGCCGGUCUCCGAGAUGCCGAAGUCGUGCGCGGCCCGGCAAUGCUGCAACCGCUACAGCAGCCGCAGGAAGCAGCUCACCUUCCACCGGUUCCCGUUCAGCCGCCGGGAGCUGCUGAGGAAGUGGGUGGUCAACAUGGGCAGGGCUGGCUUCGAGCCCAAGCAGCACACGGUCAUCUGCUCCGAACACUUCCGGCCCGAGUGCUUCAGCGCCUUCGGCAACCGCAAGAACCUCAGGCACAACGCUGUGCCCACACUGUUCGCUUUUCAGAGCUCCACGCAGGUCUGCCCUGAGGUGGGGGCUGGUGGGGACACCUCAGGGAGGAACAUGGACGUGACACUGGAAGAGCUUCAGCCUCCAAACGCGGAAGGCCCCGUGCAACAGGUUUUACCACAUCGAGAAGCAGUGGAGGCCGUGGAGGCCGCCGGCCUGCCCGCCAGCCCUCUGGGGUUGGAGAGGCCCCUCCCCAGACAGCCGUCUGAUCACAGCUAUGCACUUUUGGACUUGGAUACUCUCAAAAAAAAACUCUUCCUCACACUGAAGGAAAACAAGAGGCUUCGGAAGCGCCUGAGAGCCCAGAGGCUGCUGUUGCGGAGGACGUGUGGCCGCCUGAGAGCCUACAGAGGGGGGCCGCGGGGACUGCGGGCCAGAUGGCCGGCACAGGGGAGCUGAGCCUGAGGCACUCUGGGGUGUGGCGACACCCCAGCAGGAGGUGGUGUUCAGCCCUGCUGUGGACACUCCCGCUGCGCUGCUGAUGCUGCGCAGGUGCCUUGAGACAACAGGCGGUUGUGGGGUGGGGGCUGAGUACUGGGGAGGGAGAGGCACAGUCCCAGGUCUCCUGGGUUGAGGCUGUCAGCUCUGGGGCUGUCACAACCCUGUCAGAGAUACUCCUGGAGGGAGAGAUGGUCAUUCUUACAGCCUGUGGGGUCCUUACUGUCUCCCCAUAGGAGCCAUUCUGAAGGCAGGCAGGGCGGGGGGGUGGGGGGGGCCUGUGCAUCUGAGUGACUCCUCUCUGCCUGGCUUGUGUGAAUGUGGAAUAAACCCUCUGAAGAUUCCAUGCAGGCUGCCACUUGGCUGUGCUUAGAACUCUCCCCCUCAUAAAGGACAGCCCGGUGGUGUGACUACCCUGACUACAGAACUGACUUGAGGGAACAAAGGCGGGGUGAGGUGGGCACCACGCAGGCGGCUCUGGCCGAGCACUUGCUUUUGCAGAGGAGCAGGCUGGGUUCAGUUCCCAGCACUUCCAUGAUGGCCCGCAUCCGUCCAUAGCUCGAGGAGAUUCGAUGCCUCCCUUGGACCUCUGGGGGGCCCCAUGGAAACACACAGAGUACCAGAAAAAUGUCUGUGACUAGAGGCACACCUGCAACCCAGGCACGCAGGAGGCCACAGCAGGAGGAUCACGAGUUUGGGGCCAGAAUAAACCACAUAGACUGAUUCAAAUGAAUGCAAACAGGAAAUCUUAAGUCUAGUUUCCUCACCGUGAGGCUGGGUCUCAGGUAGACAUUUAGCACUGCUUCAGGUUGCAU